CUUCCGGGGCGCGGGUGACGCAGGUUCCGCCUGCUCUUCCCGCUGAGAAGCGGGGUCGUCUGUGGUCUUUUUGGCCUUCGGCCUGCCGCGGCUUCCGUCCCGUCCCUUCCCGGCCCCUGGUCGUCACCGGCGCCAUGAACAAGAAGAAGAAGCCGUUCUUGGGCAUGCCCGCGCCACUCGGCUACGUGCCGGGGCUGGGCCGGGGUGCCACUGGCUUUACCACCCGGUCAGACAUUGGGCCCGCCCGCGAUGCAAAUGAUCCUGUGGAUGACCGCCAUGCGCCCCCAGGCAAGAGGACCGUCGGGGACCAAAUGAAGAAAAGCCAGGCUGCGGAUGAUGAUGACGAGGAUCUGAAUGACACCAACUAUGAUGAGGAUGCCGAGGAGUGUGACAAGGCUGGGAGUGUGGCCACCUGCCAGGCUGUGAUGCGUGCUGUGAUUGGCAUUGGGAUUGAGGAGGAAGAUCGGAAGCACACGUGGAUGGAAGAUGCUGACAGUUGUGUGGCCCAUAACGCCCUGGAGUGUGCACGCGCCAUCUAUGCCUACGCCCUGCAAGUGUUCCCCAGCAAGAAGAGCGUGUGGCUGCGAGCCGCGUACUUUGAGAAGAACCACGGCACCAGGGAGUCCCUGGAAGCGCUGCUGCAGAGGGCCGUGGCCCAUUGCCCCAAAGCGGAGGUUCUGUGGCUUAUGGGCGCCAAGUCCAAGUGGCUGGCAGGGGACGUGCCUGCGGCGAGGAGCAUCCUGGCUCUGGCCUUCCAGGCCAACCCCAACAGCGAGGAGAUCUGGUUGGCCGCUGUGAAGCUGGAGUCAGAGAACAACGAGUAUGAGCGAGCCCGGCGGCUGCUGGCCAAGGCGCGGAGCAGUGCGCCCACUGCCCGGGUGUUCAUGAAGUCUGUGAAGCUGGAGUGGGUGCUGGGGAACAUCGCAGCGGCCCAGGAGCUGUGUGAAGAGGCCCUGAAGCACUACGAGGACUUCCCCAAGCUGUGGAUGAUGAAAGGGCAGAUUGAGGAGCAGGAGGAGCUGAUGGAGAAGGCUCGGGAAGCCUACAACCAGGGGUUGAAGAAAUGUCCCCACUCCACUCCUCUGUGGCUUUUGCUUUCUCGGCUGGAGGAGAAGGUUGGGCAGCUGACCCGAGCUCGGGCCAUUUUGGAGAAGUCUCGCCUGAAGAACCCGAAGAACCCUGGCCUGUGGUUGGAGUCUGUCAGGCUGGAGUACCGUGCAGGGCUGAAGAACAUUGCCAACACGCUCAUGGCCAAGGCGCUGCAGGAGUGCCCCAACUCCGGUAAGCGGCUUCCUGGCUUCCCAGACUCGGCAGGCAGCGGCACUUCCUGAGGGAGUGGGUCUCAG